CGGAAAUUGAGAUCACAUGACUGUACAAAAUGGUGGAAAUGUAUUAAAAUAAAUCGAACAUAUUCACAUUUUAUGUUGAAAAUAUGUCCACCGGGUUAAAGACAACUGAGGACAUGGAUCCAUUGGGAGCACGCAGUGAUGUUAUUGAGGUUGAGAAACUUACCCGAUGGAAUUUGACACAGCUGCCAGAAUACCAUGAGACUGAGCAAAGACAGGAUGGAAAGACUGUGCCAUUUCCCUGGAGGAAUGACUUAAAUGCAAAAAUCAUCCUGUGGGGUGGGGAUAUAACUUGUCUCAAUGUCCAUGCCAUAGUGCACACCACAAAUGAACAUUUGACUGAUCAAAAUCCUCAGAGCGACUUAAUAUUUGAGAAAGCUGGACCUGCUCUCCAAGUGGAGGUGAAAAACAGUAUUAAAGUGUGCAAAACAGGAGAAGCCAAGAUUACUAAAGGUCACAAUUUGCUUGCACGAUAUGUGAUUCACACUGUGGGUCCGCGGUACAACAUCAAGUAUCUGACUGCGGCUGAAAGUGCUUUGUUCUGUUCGUACAGGAGUACAUUACAGCUAGCCAGAGAGUAUGGAAUAAGAACUCUUGGUUUGUGUUGUAUACACACAACACGGAGAGGAUAUCCACCUGAAAGUGGAGCUCACAUUGCAAUAAGAACUACAAGACGCUUUCUGGAAAAAUAUGGUGGUUCAUUUGAUACCAUUGUGUUCGUGUGUGCAGAAGAGACACUGGAUAUCUACAGACGGAUUCUGCCACUUUAUUUUCCCCGAAAUAACAAAGAAGAGGACUUUGCUAUUGACCACCUUCCAAAUGAUUUGGGCAAUGAGGAUGGAGAGCCGGUGAUUGAGGAAAGACAAAUACGAAUCAUAGACAAACCAACAUUUGCAGCUUUAAGAGCAAACCAUGAUGACUUGGAAGAGACUAUUGACUUGAAUCAGGAAUUCUGCCCCUCAACAGUGCUAGAUGUUGGUCACCAUCCUUUCUCUCACAUGGAGGAAAACCCAGAUAACAGCAGACAUGCUGGAGUUACCAAAAACAAUACAGAACAGAAAAAACUGGACUCAAGGCGACGGUAUGAAAGGUUUCUGAAAAGAGCGAAAUCUGAAGAUUUAACCGAUAUUGCUGGUCUGCGGUGUCUCUAUAGAACAGGUACAGACAGGUGUGGUCGACCUGUGGUAGUCUUCAUAGGAAAACAGUUCAUUGUAGAUGCGGUUGACCCAGAAAGGGCUUUGCUGUACUUAGUUCGUGUAAUGGAGCCAGUUGUAGAUAAGGACUAUGUAGUUGUAUAUUUUCACACACAAACCACAAAGAGAAAUCAACCUCCAAUGAACUAUUUAAAAAUGGCAUACAACCUUCUUGACAAUAGGUAUAAGAAGAAUUUGAAGUAUUUUUAUAUUAUUCAUCCGACUUGGUGGUCAAAGCUUGCCACUUGGUUUUUCACCACAUUCACAGCGUCAGACAUCAAGCCCAAUGUGCACAAUCUGAAAGGAGUUCAGUAUCUGUAUUCUAAAAUGGACCCAGAUCAAAUCGAUGUGCCACCAUUUGUCAUGGACUACGACACACAGAUCAAUGGACCAAGAUAUCAUGUCCCACCGGAAGAUUCCUCCGAUGGUCUUUGAUGAUGGGCGACUCAUGUAGGAAUUCACAAACCUGGGGUCUACAUCUCAUUUCAUCCCUCUGAAGAACACACAUCUACUACAGAUAUAGAAUAAUGUAUGGUAGUACCAGUUCUAAAUGGGUAUUUACGUACUAAGGGACAAUCAAAAGUGCAGGAAUGUUUUUUUCCAGGGUAUAACUGAUGAUACUGAAGAACUUGACUUUACAUUAAAUUUGUUUAGGACAAUUUUCAAUUGCAUACCCAUAAACACCAUCUGGGACAAUCUUGGUGACAUCAAUGAAGUUGAGUGAAAAGAUGGAUGCAUGCAUUUCGUCAUUACCAUUACUCAUUAUGACAUUUUAUCACAAUUAUGAGAUAAGCAUUUUCCACAAGAAUGGAUGCAUAAACUUAUUGAAUAUUUGACCAUUUGGUGUCUACAAUAUUGGAUAAAUUGUGUUCAGUGGUUGUUCCAGAGGGGCAGGUUCCCUUGUUUAUCAGUUAUAAAUGUCAAUAUUUUAUUUAUUAGUCCACUAAAAAUCUCCCCUAUUCUUCACAUGAUUAAAAUAUAUGCAAAGGUUUUAGAUUAUUACAAAGUGAGCCCAAUUUUGGUUCUCCUUUCUACACCAUUGUGGAUCCACUUGAGUGUUAUCAAUUAAUUUAUUUAUUUAUAUACCUGUACAUGUACUAAUAUAAAGCAUGUCAUAUUAUCAAACCUAUAGAAAUAAUCUACAAUCUUGAAUUGAUACAGUGUAUUAUUUAAAUAGUACAUUGGAAUGUUUUGGGUCAUAUAUUUGAAACAUUAUCAAAGCCGAUUUGUCCUAAAUUAGGGUAUGAUUUUUUUUUAAUGAAGAUAUAAUUGAUUAUGUAUGCAAUGAAUUAUACCUUUAAAGCAAUUUGGAAAAUUAGAGGAUAAAAUUAUGCUAAAACUACAACGAAUAAGAAAAUGUCACAUGUAUUACAUGCCAUAAUGUUUUUGUCUUAUUUGUAUGAUAAUCAUGAACAAAUUGGUCAAGACAUCCUAGUACACUUGCAUAUCAUUUGAAUAACGAUUAUAUCUGAAGGAAGAUGUUUACAAGAACAGUACAAAAUAUCAGGAAUUAGUUGUGGUGCAAUGUUUGCUAUGCAGGGUUAUUAGUCCACUACCGGUCCAAACGGAGGGUACUAUAGGUUUCAUCUCCAUCCUUCUGUCUCACGUAUAGUUUUCUGGAUGUUUUUUUAGAAAGAUUUGAGAUAUUGACCUGAAAUUUUGUGUACUAUAUAGCUUUAUCAUGUACUGUUACAGAUCAAGUUUGACUUCCAUGGCGAUUUACCCAUGCUUGAUGGGAGUUAUGGCCCUUGAACUCAAGAGAUGUGAAAAUUUGUUUUUAGAAAGCCUUGAGAUAUUGACCUGAAGCUUUCUGCAUAGCUUUGUCAUAUAGUUACAAAUCAAGUUUGACUCUCAUAGCGAUUUACUAAUUUUUAUGAUGGGUCGUAUUAUGGUAUGGCGUUGUCCAUUCACACUUUCUUGUCCAGACCAUAUCUUGCCAGAACAUCAAACCUCAUUGGGAUUGAGGUGUGUAGUGUACUAUUACUAGGUCACUGUGACCUGCUUUUCGCUGUCUACUGCACAAUAGUAAAUCCUUGUCCGGACGAUAUCUUGCAUACAGGACCAUCAAACCUCACAUGUAGGAACAACUUGGGAUGGUGGCGUGUCGCGUACUAUUACUCAGUCACUGUGACCUACUUUUUAUGGUCUA